CUGUGCCGGCCUGCUGGUUGAAGCAGAUGCUCUGGGAAUCGUGGACGAGGCAGCAGACAGGCUGGCGGACCAUGCGGUUACCAGCCACAACCUGUGCACCGCACCCAUUCACAUCAGCGAUGCGAUGGCUCUAUUGCCUCUCGAUAUCUUCCUCCGCGUUCUAGCAAAGUUCAAGGAAAAGAAUCUGCCCGAGAAGGAAAUCGGCAGCGCAAUCGCCUUCUACGCACAGCACAACCUGCCCGACCCGAAAUCCCUUGCCGCCCUCUCUUACCCCUCCGAUCCCCCUCCCUCUCCCCACUCCUCAUCCUUUUCCUCCUCCUCCUCCUCUUCCUCCUCCUCCUCGUCCUCCGCCUCCUCCCUCUCCCCUGCGCACUACCGUCGGGUCCUGGAGGGGCUGACAGCGGCCCUGCCUGCUGCUGCUGCCAGUGUGCCCAUGCAGCCGCUGCUGGGGCUGCUGCGCUGUGCUAUCGUGCUCAACGCCUCUGAGGGGGUCAAAGCCACCCUGCAGCGCCGAGCUGGAGCACUCUUCACCGACGCAUCCCUGGACGAUUUGCUCAUGCUGGAGACGAGUGACGUGCAGGGUCUGCUGCACGGGUUUGCAUCAGAGGAACACCUCUCCACCCUUCCUGACCGCGCUCAAGCUCUGCAGGCAGCAGCAUCGCUCAUCGAUUCCUAUCUCCUCCACCUCUCCUCCCCUCCAACACUUCACCCUGAUUCCGCUGCUGACGGGGUUGCUGCCGCUGGUACUGCUUCUGCUUCUGCUGCUGCUAGUGCUACUUCCGGUCUCUUCUCAAGCAUCAGCGCCGGUGCCCCUGCUAGUAACAAAGCAGCUGCUAUUGAGGAUGAGACUUCCAAGCCUGAAUCGCAGGCUUUCCAGCCUGCUCUGAGUGUGGCGGAGUGGAAGCACCUGGUCUCUGCCCUCCCUGCUGAUGCCCGGCCGUCUCAUGACGGUCUUCUCAAGGCGGUAACUGCCUACCUGACAGCUGUCGGCGCGGGAUUGGCUGACUGGGAGGUGGCAACGCUGGUGGGUGUGGUAACCCCCUCGCGCCUCUCCCCCUCAGCCAUGGAGGCCGCCGCUGCCUGCCCUCUGCUGCCCCUGCCGUUCCUGGUCUCUGUGCUGCGCAUUCAGAAGGAGGUAUGGAGUCGACUCAACAGUCAUCAGUGUCUGUAA